AUGGCCCCAGAGCUACGCUGUGGCGGAGGCAAAGGUCUUCAGGCAUGUGAACAGACCAGGCAGGCCCCACACGGCAGAUUCCCCCUCAGAUGCCUGCACCUCUGCACCCGCAUCCUGGUGGGCACGGGCUUCUCCACCUCUGCCCUGAAGACAAUUGUGAUGCACCUGCUGAUCACCACACCCCUGUCAGGCUGGUGCGGCAAAGACUUCCUGCUGCGGCUGGACGACAUCAUGUGCUACCUGCGCCGCUGUCUGGAGACCAAAUGCCUCAACCACUUCUUCUUUGGCAACAAGAACAUGCCUGAGGAGAUCGUCUUGCCCCCAGCCCUCCAAACAGCUGAGCCAGUCAACCUCUUCCAGCACCUGGCACAUGAUCCGGCCGCACAUGGCCAGGCACUGCGUGAGUUCACUGAGCUGCAAGAUCAGCUUGAAAGACUGCUCUUCUAUGGCAUCUAA